UACUACCAUGCAGUCCGGUGUGAAAGGGUCACGUGGCCUUUGGCCCAGCAGCUCAAGUGCAUUUGUUCUGUGCUGAUUGUUUUAAAGGAUUUUGCCUCCAUCAACAGAAAAGUGGAGAGGAUAACUUUUUGGAAUCCAGCCUAGGGCUUCCUCUUUGACGUUCCGCUCACUCCCGGCUUGCACUCUCUCUCUCUCUCACUCUUUCCCUGAGGAAAGGCUGACACUUAAGGGGAUUGAUAUAUCCUGAGAAAUUCAGUGCUUAAAGCCUUAGCCGCUGUCAUAGUUUCACUCAUGAUGUACAGCUUCAUGGGAGGGGGCCUGUUUUGUGCCAUCGUGGGGAACAUCUUGCUGGUGGUCUCCACAGCCACAGACUACUGGAUGCAGUACCGUCUGUCCGGCAGCUUCGCCCAUCAGGGCCUGUGGAGGUACUGCAUGUCUGGAAAGUGCUACAUGCAGACUGACAGCAUUGCCUACUGGAAUGCCACCCGUGCUUUCAUGAUCCUCUCUGCCAUGUCAUGCUUUGCCGGCAUCAUUGCGGGAAUCCUCUCCUUUGCCCACUUCUCAGCCUUUGAGAGGUUCAACCGUUCCUUUGCUGCUGGGAUCAUGUUCUUUGUGUCCACUCUCUUCGUUCUGCUUGCAAUGGCCAUUUACACCGGGGUGACGGUGAACUUCCUGGGAAAGCGUUUUGGUGACUGGCGCUUCUCCUGGUCCUACAUACUAGGCUGGGUGGCGCUGCUCAUGACCUUCUUUGCAGGUAUAUUCUACAUGUGUGCCUACAGAAUGCACGAGUGCAGAAGAGUGGCUGGCCCGCGUUAAAGUAAACACAAGUUACUUUGUCAAGGGCGCAAAUGAUUUCCCAGAAAAAUAGAGAACCUAC